AUGGCUCCUAAUAACGUCACUACCGUCCUUCUGUUGGGAUUUCAGAACGUUCACAGUUUCAGGAUUCUUAUUUUCCUCCUCAUCCUCGUGGUUUACUGCGUGACCACGUCUGGAAACGUUCUAAUCAUCGCUUUGGUCUCAUGCAGCAAGAACAUCCGCUCUCCGAUGUAUUUUCUUCUCUCGCAAUUGUCCGUGUCUGAUCUUCUGCUGAGCUCGGAUAUCACCCCCAACCUGCUUCACGUUCUACUCAACGAUACAGGCACCAUAUCCCUGCCAGGUUGCAUUUCACAAUUUUAUUUCUUCGGUUCCUCAGAAAUCUCAGAGUGUUUUCUUCUGACAGCAAUGUCCUAUGACCGGUACUUGGCCAUCUGUAAACCGCUGUAUUAUAAUUCGUUAAUGAGCCAUGGGUUCUGUCUGAAAUUAAUCAUCAUAUCCUGGCUGCUAAGCUUUUCUAUAAUGUUGGCUGAAGCUCUCAAGAUAUACAAGCUACACUUCUGUGGGCCUCGUGUUAUCAACCAUUUCUUCUGCGAUUUUUAUCCUCUCCUAGAACUUUCUUGCUCCGAUGUUUCCAGGGUAAAAAGAGAAGUUACGUUGUUGUGUAUCCCUGUGAUCAUUUGCCCGUUCGCAAUCAUUAUGGUAUCGUAUGCUUAUAUAGUCUUUACCAUCCUAAGCAUCUCAUCUCUUCCUGGUCGUCAGAAGGCCUUCUCCACGUGCAGCUCCCACUUGACCGUGGUGACAAUAUUUUACGGGACACUGAUUGGCAUGUAUGUGAUUCCAACAAGAGGGAAAUCCUUAUCGGCAGGCAAAGUUCUAUCAAUGCUCUACACAGUGGUAACUCCAUUUCUUAACCCUAUCAUAUACAGCUUGAGGAACAAGGACAUCAGGAAGGCAAUUAAAAAAACUUUUGGUAUUUAA